UUGUCAAUGCCAAUGGUGUUCAAGUGUUGUUGUUGUUGUUGUUAUUAUUAUUAUUAAAUAUGUUGGGGACAACUUCCACUGUGGAAUCAUUGAAUUCACUUUGAGGAAGCCUGAAAACUGAACGUCAUGAAAAACAGAAAUUAGAAAUCUUUCUGUCGGUGUCAUUAGGAAGCCCAAAACUUAUUCUGCUUUUCCGCUGCAGACAUGUGCUAUUCUUUAUGUAGGAAGGAUUGAGAAUGGAAUCUAUUCAGCUGGGUGAAUCUAUCCAGGGCUGCUAAAGCGCUUCGUGUUUGGGGCGGCUGCGAGCUCUGCCCGCCUUCCCACAAAGCCGGAGCGUGGGAGAAGAAGUGGAGCGCCCCCCCCCCCCAAACCCAGAGGGCCUUUGCUCAGAGCGGCUCCGACGCAGAGUGAAAUCUGUCCUGGCAGCAAGCGGGGCGGGGAGGGGCGGAGAGAAAGGGGUGAUCGGAUUGCGGGCAAAUAGGUGGCAAUUAAUUAUCCGGGAUUGGGAACCAGUUGCUGCUCCGCGCGCCCGCCCGCGCCCCCCUUCGCCGUCGCUCCCCACAUUUCCCCUCUGAUUGGAUCCAGGCGCCGAUGAGCGCGGGAUAUAAAGCUCCGGCCCGAGAGCCUCUUCUCCCUUCCCAACCGGCGGCGGCAGCAUGACGGGCCGCGAGGAGCUCUCGGAGGGCAAAGCCAAGGGAAGCGCGCUGGCGCCCAGCAGCGCCUGUGGCCACGAGAAAGCGCGCUUGGGGGGCCCGACCGGCGGCGGCUUGCGCUCCAAGGGCUUCGCCAUCACAGACCUCCUGGGCUUGGAGGCGGAGCUACAGCCGUCGGCUUGCUCGAGCUGCGAAGGCGGUGGGCCAGCUGCGGGGCGAGGAGGAGGAGGCCCUCCCUUGCCGCUGGGCUUGGGCUUCCUGUGCAGUUUUGCCACCCAGCAGCACGCGGGGGCACCUCGUCUCCUGCCCGCGCACCUCCCCUUCCUCCAGCCUCGCUCGGAGCACCAGCACCCCCGGUACGGGCCGGAAGUCGAGAAGCCCAAGUUGACCAUCUCCGAUGAAGAUAGUUUAUCAGGAGAAAAGAACAACCUGAAGACAUCUGACUCUCAGAUCAAGAGAAAAAAACGGCGGCACAGGACUGUGUUCACUGCCCAUCAGUUGGAGGAAUUGGAAAAAGCAUUUAAUGAAGCUCAUUACCCUGAUGUAUAUUCCAGAGAAAUGUUAGCAAUGAAAACUGAAUUGCCUGAGGAUAGAAUACAGGUUUGGUUUCAAAACCGAAGAGCCAAGUGGCGGAAGCGUGAGAAAUGUUGGGGCCGCAGUAGUGUGAUGGCCGAAUAUGGUCUCUACGGUGCCAUGGUGAGGCACUCCAUCCCACUUCCAGAAUCAAUUAUCAAUUCUGCCAAAAGUGGAAUGGUUGGUUCCUGUGCCCCUUGGUUGUUGGGAAUGCAUAAAAAAUCAAUAAAUAUUAUAAGAAAGCCUGAGAACGAGGAAAAAGGAAAUGGCAGCUGGAAAUCUGAACAUCCUGAGGAGGAAUUCAUAAUUAAGCAGACAGAAUAUGAACGAAACCCCACUAAUAAAUUAAUCUCAACGGACAGUUCAGAAGAUAUUGCAAUUGAUCUUUCUAGUACGGCAAAGCAGGAAAAAAAGAUCAGCAAUCUGAGUUUUGGUGGGAGCCCACAGCCCAAAAUGAAAGAUGCUGAACACUAAGGACCUGGAGGGGCAACACGAAACAUUUAAAUUGGCCUCUUCAAUGGUCUAGCAAAAUAUGAGUAUUAUUGCUCUAUGCUUAUUUAUUAGUUUUUUUUUCAAGUGACUCAUUCAUUUUACGUGCAAAGGGGACUUUCUAAGGUGGGAUAUAUCCAAGAUAUAAUUUAUUUUUACAAAUUGAAAGUUGUAUAUUUGUAAAGAAGAUAAUUUGCUGUAGCUGGAUAUUUUUUCUUUAUAUAUCUCACUAAGUCACCUUUCACCCAAAGUCUAAAAAUAGCAUUUGGUUCCAUUUUUGGCAGAGAGGCAAAUAACUACCCAAUCAUUUAAUGAAUCUCACUCCAUCAAGUAAGUAGAAUUAUCAAUGAAAACAAUAUGCAAUAUAUUUCUGCUAAAUUAAACCAAAGUAGAAAAUUAUAAAAAGAUUUGAUUUUUUUUUCAGAAAUGAUCAUUCUCCUUACCUGCGUAUGGAUAUUUAAUAAUGAACGAUAAAUUGGAAUAUUUAUGUGAUAAAGCAAAUAAUAAGAAACACUUUUCUGAAAUUAUCUGAUACCCUCCUGAUGCGUUGGAAACACAAUUCCUAGAAUUCUCUACCAGCUUGGAAAUUCAGAUAAACCCGUCCUGAUAGUCAUUUGCAGUGGACUUAGAAGCAUGUCUGGCUUCAGCUGGUUUAACAGUGGCAAAAGUAGCAGAAAGUAGCAGAAGCAGACUUUCUCUUUCUUCUUCAUUAAAAUGCUAAUAUACAUUGGAUAAAGAAACAGAUCUCUGUGUGAAAAUAUUUAUUAAUAAUAAAUAUCAUUUAAUUUCAAGUAUCUUUUUGCACUAGACUCCAGUUGGAGAAACUCAGGUUUCUUGUAAAAUGUAAAGUAGUUCCUAUAAACAUUAUGUCUGGCUAUUUCUACUGUAUUGUAAAAGCAAUAUUUAUUAGUGCAGUUAGAUGUCUCAUAUGUACAGUAUACGUGAUAUACAGAACAAGGGAAAUGAAGAACCUUGAUGAAAAUUUGCUAAUAGCAACCAAGAAGUUAUUGUGCUUGACAGAUCUGCACUGAAAGUUGUAAAUUGCUGAUACUGUUCUGAUUUAAUGCUGAUCAGAACCCUCUUGACCAUCUUGAAAGUUCUAUGGAAUAAUAUGGAGUUAUAAUUAAGUUAAAUGCUCAAAUUUUCCUUUGAAAAUCAAAGAAUACCAUGCUCACCUUUAAAAAUGAGAGGGAAAUAUUGGUCCAUAACAAAACACAAAGCUGAAUUAAUUUUCAUGGCAUACAAUAUCAAUUCCUGAUCCCUAACAGGAUAGAGCUACAUUUUAUUACAUGGAAUUAUGGUGUAUAGAUCAGAACUCAGUUAUUGGCUAGUUUGUGGCCUUCUUUAAAUUCCAGGCCCAGCAGCUUUAUUCACCAAGGGUUAUGAGAAUGAUGGUCUAACAACAUAUAAAUGUUUUCAGGUUGCUCUCUUUUUCUUACAAGAUGUUGUAUUAUAGAUUUUGGUGUUUGCAUUAGGACAUCCAAUAGUCCAACUGCUGCAAGCUUACAAAAACAUACAUUUCUUUUAUCCCCAGUUACACGAUUUCAUUACAUAUUAUUUUUAAAAACUAAGAAAAUUAAUAUUUUUUACCAAUGUUUUCAGCAUAAAGUAUAGUCCUCUGCUUUCUACUACAAAACUGUAUUGGGGAAACAAUAUGCAAUAACUCCAAUUUAUGUUAUAUGACACGCUAUGCAUAAUUGAACACAAAUCUGUAUUUAUAGAGAAAAAAGCCAUAGAAUCCAGAAAUAAAAUAUAAUUUUAUAAGAUGUCAUAGAAAAAUAUUUUGUACUUAUUCUGCAUGGAAGAAUAUCAACAUUUGAUCUUUUCCCUUUGGCCUUUUUAUAUGUACAUCUAAAAAGCACUUUGGAUAUCUACCUGCUUUGUUUGUCAACUAUUUAUUUAUAUAUAUUCAUAAUAA